AUGAGUCUCUUAAACAUUAUAUCUGACACAAUCAAACCUUUUGAUAUACUUGCAUUAUUGCUAACAGCAAUAAGUUUAUAUAUAGCACGCUUUUACUAUCAACAUUUCACUCGCAUAAAUCCGCUUCCUGGACCAAUACCAAUUCCAUUUAUUGGUGGCUUCUUUAUUUUUAAGAAAGAUUUCGAGACUUGGUUUUUUGCAUUACAUAAAAAAUAUGGUGAUAUUUUCGAGGUGACAUUUGCUGGCAUGAGACAAAUUGUACUUUGUCGCGCUGAAUAUGUCGAUAAAAUGUUGGUUCCAUCAAUGAAUAAUUAUAUGAUCAGAUUUCCUAGCCAAGCAUUUGUAGAGGCGUUUGAUUCUGAUCGAAAAGGAUUAGCGAUGAAUAAUGAUUUGCAAACUUGGAAAUUUAACCGUCAAUUUUUUUCACAAGCAAUCAUGACACCAAGUUUUAGUAUCGCGGCCAAUAAAUGGACAAAUGAAAUGUUUGAAGAGAUGGAAAAGUAUUGGAUGGAUUUAAAAAAACCAGAUGAUUCAGAAGAUGCUGUAAUUAUUGAUAUGGCUGCUUGGAUGCGUCGAUUUACAAAUGAUUUGAUAUCUGUGUUAACAACCGGCAAACGAACUUAUACAAUAUCAUUUCAUUACCAUAAAUUAAAAAACGUAAAAUUAUCAGAGGAAAUGAUAGAGUCGGAGAAAUUUGUUACAUCCUUGAAUGAUUUUGUAUCAGGAAGUGGAAUUCUUGUACUUGUUCCUAAAUAUCUCAGAUUUUUACCUAUUAUUAGAGGUAAAGUUAAGAAAACGGUUGAAAAUCGUGAUUAUUUAUAUGGAAAAUUAGUAGGUAUAAUUAGAGAAAGAAGAAAAGAAAUUGAAGAGGCUAUUAAUGAAAAUAAGAAUACCGAGUUAAGACAUGAUAUGUUGACUUCUUUUAUUACUGCCAACACUCCAUACGACAUUAAUUCAUCAAGACAUGUGGAUCCUGAAUUAUCGAGGCCAAUGACUGAUGACGAAAUACGUGCUGAUAUGUUGGACAUAUUUCUAGGUGGCACUGACACAGGUGAUGAAACCAGACAAAUAACAUUAGAAGAUAUUGAGAAAUUGAAAUACUGUGAAGCAAUUAUUAAAGAAACAUCAAGAAUAAGACCUACAGUUAAUAUGAUCGGGAGGUUUGGAAGUCUACCUGAUGAAAUAGCAGGAUAUAAAUGGCCGGAAAGUACACAAUUCCAAAUGUAUAUUCAUGCAAUUAACAACAAUCCAUCUCAUUGGGAAGAGCCUGACAAAUUUAAUCCUGACAGAUUCAUCGAUAAUCAAGUAACCGAAAAUCAAAGAAAAAAUUCUUUCUUGAUGUUUGGUGGUGGGUUGAGAAUAUGCCCUGGUAAAAAAAUUGCAAUGAUUGAAAUGAAAGCUUUGUUAGCUUUAAUAUAUCGUAAAUUUGAUGUUGAGUUGGUCGAUAUGAAUGCACCACUUAAUAUUAGAAGCACAACAAUUACUAUUUGCGAAAAAUUAAAUAUUAAAAUUUCCCAUAAAAAGAAAAAUACUUUAUAA